CUUGUUUUCUGAACUUCCACAAACGGUCUCCAUGUGAACUUUGGCGACUCUGUUGAAGCCAAACAUGCCUCGAGAAUCCCAGUUACUGUACUAGCCUUUCAUCACUAGGAAUUUCCCUCAGCUUGUCACAGUCGUUGCGAACUCGUGAAGGCUCCUCCCCCUGAUCUAUCCCAAUCGUUCAUCGCAUGAGUGAAUACGUCGACAGAGAAGGCUGAUACAAGCCGUACGAUUAUACCAUACCAGACCCUCCCCUUGUCCCGGCCUCCAUAUUUCCGCCAUCCUGCUGUCUGCCGCCGAGUCAGCACCACAGUGAUCCACCCAGUCUUUACUUUAGAAACUACCUCGGAUCGACCUCUCGUCAUUCUGGUAGCACCGGACCGGAAUUUCCUCUCGUGCCACCCUCGAUAUAGCCCGCCAUCAUGCUGUCGGGUGCUGAGUCAUCAGCGCUCCUGUCCGCGCUGGCAGAAGACAGGUCCUUCAAAUCCAACGCAGAGGCGUUUCCCGCGCUUUUCCUCCCACUCGCCGGUUCACCGCCUGCUGCACUCUCGCCAUGCUCCUAGAGGUGGCUUCAGAGCCCUCCCUGCCUUCCAUCGAGCGCUGCUUCGCCCUCAACCUGCUCUCACACUCUCUAGCGGAUGUCCCCGGCAAGUCACCUCGGGAAUAUGUGCAGCUUUUCAGACCCCCCAACCAGAUGGAUAGAAUUAGCCCAGACAUUCCUGUAGAGCAACCACAGGCAGCAGCAACACACGCGGCACCAACACCACCUGCAGCACUAGCAGCAGCAGCAGCAGCAGUAGCAGCAGCAGGAGCAUCUAAACCAGCAGCUGCAGCGCACCCAUCAGGUAUGGCAGCAGCAGGUGUUACUUCUGACGCCGAAGCCAAACCCAAACCCAAACCCAAACCCAAACCCAAGCCCAAAACCGCCAGGCUGCUACUUCCAAAGGGGAGUUUAUGUCCGGGGAGUCCGAUGCAGGCAUGAGAGGGGGCCGGAUGCAAGAGGGUGUUACAGGGGAGU